UACAAUCGUGAAGUAGGUUGGCUUGGGUUGAAAGUCGCUCGCAGCAAAAAUGUUUCCCAGGGUCUGACUUCGCGUCCUUAUUCGCUGUUCGCUCCACCAGGAACGAUUUCACAAAGAUCUCUUGCUCAAAAGCCAUGCUGAAUCCAAGAGACUGACGACAACGACAGAUUAGGGGGGAAAAAUAGCCUUUGUUCCAGCGCUGAAGUAGUUUUUAAACAGAGAAAUCAGGAUGCCCGUGAAAGGUGGAGGAAGAGUUGCUUAUCCGAAUAAAAGCGACAAUGUUAUUCAUAUUCGGACAUAAUUUCCUCUGUACAUCCUGCAUGAGGACAAAGACAACACUGAAGGGCUCAGGAAUGGAGGAGACCGUUUGGGAGCAGUACACUGUGACUCUUCAGCGGGACUCUAAGAUGGGCUUUGGGAUUGCUGUGUCUGGGGGCCGGGACAAUCCAAAUGUGGAGACCGGAGAGACGUCCAUCAUUGUGUCAGAUGUGCUGCCAGGAGGACCGGCCGAUGGACUGCUCUUUGAGAAUGACCGCGUGAUACAGGUCAACACCAUCGCCAUGGAUAAUGUGCCUCAUUCGUUUGCUGUGCAGUCACUUCGGAAAUGUGGGAAAGUGGCCAAAAUAACUGUAAAAAGGCCUCGCAAGGUGGCUGUCCUCAAGCACCCGCCGUCCCCGAGCGGGGAUAGCCGCGAUUACAACUUAUCCAGCUAUUAUCCCGAGGACAACCGCAGCGUUCACACUGACCCAGACUCUGAUUACCCUCGGGGAAACGGUGGCCUGGGCUACCCCCGUGACAGAGAGCAUGACCGCAGUCUCGAAAAGAGCCGGAUAGACUACCUGGAGCCGGAUUACAAGCGGGAAUGGAGCAGAGGCAGGAGCGCGGAGAGGUCGCCCAGCUCUGACAGCGGCUACCGCAGGGACGGCAGCCGGGGUCGGACGCUGGAGCGCGGAUCCAGCCCGGAGCCUCACUAUCACCGGCAGCACAGUAGAGGCCGCGGCGGAGGUGGAAGCCCUGCUGGAAGCUACGGGAGGGACCAGGGCUACGACACGCGGAGGUAUGACACUCGUUCGGAUGACAAGAUGAUCAGGAGUCACAGCAGGGACCGGCUGCAGGAUCACUCCCCGUCACCCAGCAGAGACAAAGACAGAGGAAGAGACCGGUUCAACUAUGAACCCCUGGAGCCGCCCAUCAAUGUCAUGCUGGUGAAAAACAGGCCCAAUGAAGAGUACGGCCUGCGGCUGGGCAGCCAGAUCUUCAUCAAAGAGAUGACCAGCACUGGAUUGGCUGCCAGAGACGGAAAUCUCCAGGAGGGCGACAUCAUUCUUAAGAUCAACGGGACGGUGACUGAGAACCUCUCUCUGAGUGACGCCGGUAAGCUGAUUGAGAAAUCGCGGGGCAGGCUGCAACUGGUGGUCCAGAGAGACCACCGACAGAUCCUGGUGCGCAUUCCUGCCCUGGCAGACAGCGACUCGGAGCCCGACGAUAUUUCUGAGAUGGAGUCGUACCAUUCCUACUCGCCUCAAGAUGACCAAAGGUCACGCCAGUCUGACCUCUCCUCACACUCUUCCAAUGAUGUAGCACGAGAGAACGCCAGGGAGGAUCCUCAAAGUAGAUCGGCAAAGACCGCUGUUUCAUCCUCUCCUUACAAAACUCCAGAGGAGCCACUUCCAGCCCAGGAGGAGAGAGUAGAACCACAGGAAGAAGAACCACCACCAGCAGUAAAGACAACGCCUAAAAUCCUGCUCCGACCGAGCCCAGAGGACGAGGCCAUUUAUGGGGCCAGCACCGUGAUGGUGAGCUUUCAGAAAGGAGAGAGUGUUGGCUUGAGGUUGGCUGGAGGGAAUGAUGUGGGAAUAUUCAUAGCAGGAGUUCAGGAUGGCAGUCCGGCUGAAGAAGAAGGUCUCCGUGUCGGGGAUCAGAUUGUGAAGGUGAAUAAUGUUGACUUUCGGGGAAUUGUGCGAGAGGAGGCCGUACUGUUCCUGCUGGAGAUCCCUCGGGGUGAGGUCGUGACCAUUUUGGCACAGAAUAAAACUGAGGUUUAUGAAGACAUCUUGGUGUCCGGUCGAGGGGACUCAUUUUUCAUCCGAACUCAUUUCGAGUAUGAGAAGGAGCUGCCUCACUGUCUCGCCUUCUCCCGGGGAGAGAUCUUCAAGGUGGUGGACACCUUAUACGACGGCAAGCUGGGAAACUGGCUGGCCAUCCGCAUGGGCAAAGACAACAAGCUGCUGGAGAAGGGCAUCAUUCCCAGUAAGAGCAGAGCUGAGCAGAUGGCAAACGUCCAGAACACACAUAAGGGCUCAGGGAGUGACAGGGCCGACUUCUGGAGGCUACGUGGUCAGAGGGCGGCCAAGAAGAAAGAUGUGCGGAAGAGCCGAGAGGAAAGUUCUGCGGCCGUCUCCACCCGAUUCCCUGCCUAUGAGAGGGUGGUCCUGAGAGAAGCGGGAUUCCGAAGGCCGGUUGUGCUGUUUGGACCAAUCGCUGAUGCUGCCAGUGAAAAACUGGCCAUGGAGCUUCCAGACGAGUUUGUAAUUGCCAAAACAGAACCCAAAGAUGCGGGAUCAGAGAAAUCCUCCGGGGUGGUUCGUCUCAACACUAUUAGACAGAUCAUUGAACAGGACAAGCAUGCUCUCCUGGACGUCACCCCUAAAGCAGUGGACACCCUAAACUACACGCAGUGGUACCCCAUAGUCAUCCUCUUCAGCCCGGACAGCAAACAUGGGGUGAAGGCGAUGAGACAGAGGAUCAUCCCCAGCUCUAACCGCAGUGCCCGCAAACUCUAUGACCAGGCUCUGAAGCUCAGGAAAACCUGCUCACACCUGUUUACCGCUGUUAUUGAUCUGAACUCGGCUAAUGAUGCCUGGUACGGCAGUUUGAAGGAGACCAUUCGAGACCAGCAGACCCAAGCUGUGUGGGUCUCAGAGGGGAAGCUGGAGGGGACGGAGGGGGACCUUGACGUUCAUGACGAUCGCAUGUCAUAUCUCUCAGCCAUGAGCGCUGACUAUCUCAGCAUGGACAGCCGGCUGACCAGCGACUACGACGACACGGCGGACGAGGCCGGGACUUACACAGAUAAUGAAGCGGACGAGCCGCUCGAUCGCCAGCCAGUGUCGGCCAUUAGCCGCUCCUCUGAGCCAGUCAUGCCAGAGGAGAUCCUCAGGAAGUCCAGCCCAGAGAUUCGAGGUCGCAUCCGGCGGAUGGGCAGCAGAGAGAUGCUGACAGAGGCUAGUCCCCCCUUAAUGUCCACCUUCCUGCCUGACCCCGCAAAGGUAAAAAUGCUGUCUCAAGUGGAGACGUCGCGGGGGCAGUACGACCCCUCUCGAAACUACGACUCUCGUUCAAGCAGUCCCGCGAGCAGCGAGCACCCACGCAGCCAGGACUCUCCUGCAAAAACCAAACCCCUGCCUCCCCCCAAAGCUCUCAAACCUACCUGCGUGUCCCGCAGCUCCAGAGGCCUCGCAAACAGCCCCCCGGUACGGGACAGCAAACCUCUGGAGGACAGCCCUGACGAUCCCUCUCAGAGGACUUUCCUGGGCAAAGUGAAGGCCUUUGAGCAGAUGGAUCACUUGGCCCGGACACAGAGAGUCCUGGAGAUCCAAGAGGCCCAGAACGCCAGGUUUGAGAUUGCACAGAAACAUCCAGACAUUUAUGCCGUCCCCAUUAAAUCUCAGAAACUGGACCACAGCAGGCCACAACCUAUCGGCUCCAGUGCGCGACCAGAGCCUCAGACGCCUCCUUGCAAGCUGCCAUACUCAGAGAGCCGCCCGGUCGGCCUCGGCGAGGAGCACGGAGAGGAGUUUCGACAUCAGCUGGCAGAGCAGACCAAGCGCGGCUAUUACAACACCACACAAAAGUAUCAGGACACUGAGCUGUAGAGUUCCUCUGCUUCGGCUCGCCGCACAGCUUCACCAUUCCACCGGGGCGCCGCCCUGCACCAAAACUGCUGCUGACUUGGAAGUCCCGUUUGCUUUUAAGUUUCCCAUGCAUAUAUUUGUCUUUUUCACUUCAGAGAAGUUGAACUUUCUGUCCAUGAGGAUAGAAUCUUAUAUUUGCAUUAGUUGUUUCUCUUCUUGUGAUCCGAGAAUCAUGUUUCCUUGCCUAUGCAAUUUUUUUACGUUUCUGCAACGCAACAGAAACGUCUCGUCACGAGUCUCUAUCUUCGCUCCAUGAAAACCUUAUACCUGUCAUGUGCUAUACAGACCUUUUUGUUACUUUCUUUUUAUAAGCCUGAUGAAGCAAAACUGUUUUGAAAUGUCACUCUCUUCAAGGUUUAUACUAUCUUUGCAUUCCUUCAUUUCUGAUCAUGUGUGUCUAUGAUGUGAGAUAAUACACUGGAUUUUGUUACAAUGUUUUAAAGUGCCUUUUACUUUCCGAAUAACGUUGGAGGUUUGUGGACUUGACAAUCCAGCCCUCUGGACAAUAUUUUUGCUGCUUACAGCUCCAAGGAAAAACAGGGAAAAGUCAACACCAAAACCCUUAAUACUGUCCGCCCGUAUCCUCAGUGUAGCGACGGCAACGACUGACGAGUUUCCAAAGGGACGCUUCACCAGUCAGGUUGAUGCUGAUUGGUUCGAGUGACUGAAAUUGCUGUGGUCACGGUUUAUCUUAUUUCAACCCCACCGCAUUACUUUUUUAACACGCUUGAUUGUACGUUGGUCCGCUUUACCUCCACAUAAUUGGUUCAAAGUGCUUCUAAAACUUGUGGAUUAUAUUUUGAUGGCUUCCACUGUGUGUGAGGGUCACAAACCCAGAGAAUAUUCCCUGGACAUUUACGUCCAGGUCUACUGUGGAAUUUCACUCUACUACACCAAAUAAAAUAAACUAUAUUGACAUUA